AUGAGGAAACUUAAGAACCCUUACAAUUGUAAAAAAACCCUCCCGCGCAUGUCAUGGCAUCCGCAGAAUCUUUUCAACUUAUUUCAACGAACGUAUGGGCCAGAAAGUAAAGAAACUAAUUUUACAAGAACAUCAAAGACCGUUUAUUGGCAAAGAUGUAAAUCAAGGGCUGUGACUAGAGCUUAUCAUGGAGAUUGGAUUCAGGAGAAAAAAUUCAAACGACAUUAUCUUCCAGCUUCAUUACCAAAACUUUCAAUUCAACCUUAUCAAAAAAUUAAUAAAUCUAAUCCUCAAGAAUCAAAGGUUCCUCUUGCAGCGAUGAUGUACACCGAAGUAGAGAGGAGAUUAGACGUUGUGCUUUUUAGAUCUUGUUUCGCAGAUAGCGUAUACGAAGCCAGAAGGAUGGUUCUACAUAAUGCGGUUAAGCUAAACGGCGUCAGGUGUAUUGCUCCUUGGACUCGACUUCAUCCUGGGGAUAUGAUCACAGUUCAUCCAGCCUCUAUUCCAUUGCUUAAUCCAGGAAAAACAUGGCCCGCUGGCCUCGGGGAAGCGUAUGUGGUCGACAUCGACACACCUAAGAAGCCAAGCGAGCCUUCACCAAUCACGACGUCUCUACAUCUUCCAUUUCGCCUACCCGCCUACGCCUCUCCUUUCCUUUUCAUUCCUCCUUACCUUGAAGUAUCAUUUCGAGUAUGUUCGAUGGUUUAUCUACGACAUCCAACUUGUGGACCAGGUUUCAGUGAAAUACCUACUCCUUGGAAUGCGGAUGGUGAAGUGAUGCGAUUAGCAUGGGAAUGGUAUACUCGUCAAGGUUUAGGUAGAAGAGUUAGAAAAGAAAGAAAAGAAUGGGAUGAAAUACGUGAAACCAAAAGGGAUCCAUUUGCAGAAGGACAUCUUAGAAAGAAUGCUAUCGGGGGCCGAGUUGCUGUACAUGGGAGAUACCAAGGUGGAAGGAUCGGUCGUGCACGGAUGGGUAGCGGCGAGCCUAGGAUGCAGUCGUCGAUUUGA